GCGGGCGGCGGGGGCGCGCGCGCGGCGGAGGCGGGCUUUGCCGAGCGCAGAGCUGCAGCCGGCGAGCCGGACGUGUCCGCGAAGAUGGCGGGCCGGAGCAUGCAAGCGGCAAGAUGUCCUACAGAUGAAUUAUCUUUAACCAAUUGUGCAGUUGUGAAUGAAAAGGAUUUCCAGUCUGGCCAGCAUGUGAUUGUGAGGACCUCUCCCAAUCACAGGUACACAUUUACACUGAAGACACAUCCAUCAGUGGUUCCAGGGAGCAUUGCAUUCAGUUUACCUCAGAGAAAAUGGGCUGGGCUUUCUAUUGGGCAAGAAAUAGAAGUCUCCUUAUAUACAUUUGACAAAGCCAAACAGUGUAUUGGCACAAUGACCAUCGAGAUUGAUUUCCUGCAGAAAAAAAGCAUUGACUCCAACCCUUAUGACACCGACAAGAUGGCAGCAGAGUUUAUUCAGCAAUUCAACAACCAGGCCUUCUCAGUGGGACAACAGCUUGUCUUUAGCUUCAACGAAAAGCUUUUUGGCUUACUGGUGAAGGACAUUGAAGCCAUGGAUCCUAGCAUCCUGAAGGGAGAGCCUGCGACAGGGAAAAGGCAGAAGAUUGAAGUAGGACUGGUUGUUGGAAACAGUCAAGUUGCAUUUGAAAAAGCAGAAAAUUCAUCACUUAAUCUUAUUGGCAAAGCUAAAACCAAGGAAAAUCGCCAAUCAAUUAUCAAUCCUGACUGGAACUUUGAAAAAAUGGGAAUAGGAGGUCUAGACAAGGAAUUUUCAGAUAUUUUCCGACGAGCAUUUGCUUCCCGAGUAUUUCCUCCAGAGAUUGUGGAGCAGAUGGGUUGUAAACAUGUGAAAGGCAUCCUGUUAUAUGGACCCCCAGGUUGUGGUAAGACUCUCUUGGCUCGACAGAUUGGCAAGAUGUUGAAUGCAAGAGAGCCCAAAGUGGUCAAUGGGCCAGAAAUCCUUAACAAAUAUGUGGGAGAAUCAGAGGCUAACAUUCGCAAACUUUUUGCUGAUGCUGAAGAGGAGCAAAGGAGGCUUGGUGCUAACAGUGGUUUGCACAUCAUCAUCUUUGAUGAAAUUGAUGCCAUCUGCAAGCAGAGAGGGAGCAUGGCUGGUAGCACGGGAGUUCAUGACACUGUUGUCAACCAGUUGCUGUCCAAAAUUGAUGGCGUGGAGCAGCUAAACAACAUCCUAGUCAUUGGAAUGACCAAUAGACCAGAUCUGAUAGAUGAGGCUCUUCUUAGACCUGGAAGACUGGAAGUUAAAAUGGAGAUAGGCUUGCCAGAUGAGAAAGGCCGACUACAGAUUCUUCACAUCCACACAGCAAGAAUGAGAGGGCAUCAGUUACUCUCUGCUGAUGUAGACAUUAAAGAACUGGCCAUGGAGACCAAGAAUUUCAGUGGUGCUGAAUUGGAGGGUCUGGUGCGAGCAGCCCAGUCCACUGCUAUGAAUAGACACAUAAAGGCCAGUACUAAAGUGGAAGUGGACAUGGAGAAAGCAGAAAGCCUGCAAGUGACGAGAGGAGACUUCCUUGCUUCUUUGGAGAAUGAUAUCAAACCAGCAUUUGGCACAAACCAAGAAGAUUAUGCAAGUUACAUUAUGAAUGGUAUCAUCAAAUGGGGUGACCCAGUUACUCGAGUUCUAGAUGAUGGGGAGCUGCUGGUGCAGCAGACUAAGAACAGUGACCGCACACCAUUGGUCAGCGUGCUUCUGGAAGGCCCUCCUCACAGUGGGAAGACUGCUUUAGCUGCAAAAAUUGCAGAGGAAUCCAACUUUCCAUUCAUCAAGAUCUGUUCUCCUGAUAAAAUGAUUGGCUUUUCUGAAACAGCCAAAUGUCAGGCCAUGAAGAAGAUCUUUGAUGAUGCAUACAAAUCCCAGCUCAGUUGUGUGGUUGUGGAUGACAUUGAGAGAUUGCUUGAUUAUGUCCCUAUUGGCCCUCGAUUUUCAAAUCUUGUAUUACAGGCUCUUCUCGUUUUACUGAAAAAGGCACCUCCUCAGGAGAAGAGAUCGAGAGGGGAUAGAAAAAUUGAAAAGGGCUGUCCCAGCAGGGAGCCAAGCCGGAGAAAAGGGCUUCUCUGAGAACUCAGCAGCAGCAGCUAAGAAAGCUCCCAGCCUGCUUCAUCUACAUGCAGAGUCACACAAGGCAUGGGGGUGCUCACCGUCACACAGAGGUUUCACAUGUGCUUCCCUGCUGAUUCCUGUGAAAAGCUAACAAUUGGCUUGGAGGGUAAAAGACCACUGCAGUUCACCCUCCCUGAGCUGGACGUACAAUUUGUCCAGUGUUAGGAAAUGUCCGGCUUAGCAGUGAGAGGCUUGAAGACACCCCUCCUUCCAGUGAGAUUCCUAACGCCGUCUCUUUUACUUGAUGACACUGGGGCUCUUUUCAAGUUUUGCAGAUUUAUGGAAGUUGAGGGGAAUGUGCUUUUCAAGAUCAGGAAGAUGAAAGCCUUGGUCUUAAUGUCAAGGAGGAAGCAGUAGUGAGUGGUAAGGCCAGGUAACUCUUCCUGCAGCCUGCGGGACCAGUGGCUUGAUUUUUCCUCAUAGAUCGCUUCUGCCACCUUCUCUUUUUUUCUUUUUAGGAGACAGAGUGUCUGAAAAGGAACUCCUUGGGCUGUAAAAUGACAUGAUUUCCCAGUUUCCUCAACAAGUGUGAGAGUAGUUAAGCCCAUUAACCUCACUGUUUAGUGCUGGGUUUAUUUGACACUUUUGUGCAUCAAAUUGGAAAACCUCAUCUGUAUGUAACAGGGUAGCCUGGUAAUUUAUGGAGGAGCAAUCCUUCCUCAGUUCAGUGCUUCCCAACCUUUUUAGAUCAUGGUGCAUACAAAAUGAUAACAUCUGAUGAUACACUUGGGUAAGUGGAUGAGGCCACUCACAACUGGCCAGGGCUCUAGCCUUCCCAACAGCUGGCAGGAAUUGAUAUAUUAGUCCAGGUAUAAUUUAUUUGAAGCUCAACAAUUGGAAAACUCUUUGGAAACUUUAAACUUUUACAAAAGAAGAAUUACCACUCUAAUGUCAUAGCAGUAUUACUGAAGUAGAACUCAGACCUAACAGUUGUUAGUGUUUUGGCUAAAUUUUAUGAUGUUGUUGAGAAUAGUAAUUUCCUCGCUGCUCUGACACCUAGGAAUAUUACCUAAUAAGAGAGAAAUACAGCUUAAAGCUUGGAGGACCUAAGGUGUGAACCAAUAAGAAACUGUCAGCAUUCUCAGGAUGGGGACUUGGGUAGACACACUUGUUUCUGCAUGAGUUUUGUUUUUAACAUCAGCAGUCUCUAGACAACAUUGCUUUCAUGUAGUCCUUAAAUGACACCUUAGCAGUCUUACUUCAGAUAUGGUUAUUAGGACAUCUUGGUAUCUUGAUAAUAUUAAGCAACUCUUUAGGCUUUGGGUUGCUUUAGUGAAAUAAGCAGAUAAUGGAAGAGACUCCAAAUCAUGCAGGCCUAAACAUGAGUAUCUCUCCAUCUAUUUGUUCAAAAUUAACUCUGGCUAAUGACUAUGAUAUGACUCAAUAAGAUAUAUAACCACUUUAGGAAAGAGGCUUAGUCAUUUUGCCAGACACAUUAAUUUUAAUCCACUGAUGUGGUGACUUUUGCAUUGGGCUUCAUUUCUUUUAUUUAAAAAAAAAAAAAUGAUGCUUGACAGUUUAGUGGCCUGCUUGUUAAGUCAGUGACAUUAGAUAGCUACUAUAUUUAAAAUAUUCUCUUUUGGUAUACUUUGCUUAGUAUAGUAGAUUUUCUUGGAAAGUCCUUUGUAAAUUGAACAUGUGUAUGUGUAUAUAUACAUAUCUCUGAGGACAAAAGGAAAUCUCCAAAGAUCUGUGUUCUUGUUUUCUGGACAGAAAGAUAAUGUAUAGUGAAUGUAUAGUGAUCAACUAAGAUAAUGCCUAGUGAAGCCCUUUGUAAACCUGUGGACUACACAGAUAUAUGGUAUUAAAGAACAUAUAUAUAUAUAUAUAUAUAUAGUACAUAUAUAUGUAGAUUAAUUUCAAAUGUAUCAAAAACAGUGAAACAGGCCAGACAUUGUGGCUCACGCCUGUAAUCCUAGCACUUUGGGAGGCCAAGGCAGGAAGAUUGCUUAAGGCCAGGAGUUCGAGACCAGCCUAGGCAACAUAGUGAGACCAGUCUUUACAAAAAAAAGUUAGUCGAAUGUGGUGUUGAGCAUCCGUAGACCCAGCUAUUCGGGAGGCUGAGGCAGGAGGAUCACUUGAGCCCAGGAGUUCAAGACCGUAGUAAGCUGAUUCCCACCACCGCACUCUAGCCUGGGUGAUAGAGCAAGACUCUGUCUCUAAAAACAAAACAAAACAACAACAAAAAACAGUGGAAUAAAUUAUUUUGUAAAACAUUGCUACAGAUAUCUGCUGAAUAAAAUCAAAUUUUCAAAAUAGGGUUUUGUUUUGGUUUUGGUAGAGCACAUCUAUAGUAGAUAUUAAUACCAGAAUAAAUUAUAAGAUAUAUAUGCCAUUUUCUGAUAACUCAAAAUUAAAUAUCUAAAUUUUAAUCAUCAGAGAAAUGCUAAUAGUGUUGAGAUGAAAUAUUUUUUCAUUGCUAGAAUGUAUUCUUCCAGCUCCAUUGCCUUAAAUAAGUUACUGUGGCAUUACAUUAGCUUUUGAAAGGUGUGGAUUAUAGCGUCGUAGUAUUCCAUGGGUGCCAUGACUCUAGUUAAGAGCACCCUUUCUGUAGAACUUACUCUUUGUAUUGAACUUGAGGUUUAAAAAAAAAAAAAAAAAGGAAACCUAAGUCUUAGCUCAGAUAUCAUCUGGCAUUAUAGCCUUGAACGUCCCUUAAUUUCUUGGUGUCUAUUUCUUCAUCUGUAAAAUAGAGAUAAUUCCUCAUGUGUUACCUACUCUGUUGAGGGUCCACUAAGAUAAUGUGUAGUGAAGCCCUUUGUAAACUGGUGGACUACAUGAGCUGUCCAGGCGCAGUGGCUCAUGCCUGUAAUCCCAGCACUUUGGGAGGCUGAGACGGGUGGAUCAUUUGAGGUCAGGAGUUCGAAACCAGCCUGGCCAACGUAGUGAAACCUGAUCUCUACUAAAAAUAUAAAAAUUAGCUGGACGUGGUGGUGUGCACCUGUAAUCCCAGCUACUCGGGAAGCUGAGGCAGGAGAAUUGCUUGAACCCGGGAGGCGGAGUUUGCAGUGAGCUGAGAUUGUACCACUGCACUCCAUCCUGGGUGGAUGGAGUGAGAGACUCUGUCUCAAAAAAAGAAUUGCCUUUGGAUAGUCCACAGAACCUUUUCAGCUUGUAAGAUAGGAAAACUGAAGAAUGUAUAAUAACUGCUAUAUAGAGGAAGUUUCCGUAGGAAGUGAGUUCAGAGCUCCCACUUUGGAAUGCCCAAACCCAACUUCCCUCAUUUGCAGUACUGGGAAAAGAAACCUGCUUCCCCAUCUCUCAUUCACUGAAAUUUAGAAGCUUCCUACAUCCUAAGACAAAUACUCUGGUCUGGGGAUUAGGGACUCCUGUUGUAAAAAGAAGUAGGAAGUGGAGACAGGAAUUGCCAAGAUCAGUAGGCCACCACCAGGUCACACUUGUCUUCAGCCUCCAGGGACUGGCCCAUCUGCUUCCUUUCCCUGCCACCACCUGUUGCUUGUGGCCGAAGUUCCCCUUUUCUCCUAACUCAUGGUGCAACAAAGUGGUGCUUCACAGUUUCUUUCCUACCUUUCUGUCCCAGAAGCAAGAAUGCAGAUCUUUGGAGAUUUCCUGUGUCCUUGGGGAUCUCACAAUGGCUGGAAGCCCUGGCCCUCCCUCUACUCCUUACCCUGUUAAUCUUGGAUGGUAGGAUUAUAGGUGAUUUCUUUUUUAUUUUGCUUUAUUGUUUCCUGUACUUUACAGAUUUUCUACAAUAAGCAUAUGUUACUUUGAUAAUCAGGAAAAAAUAAAAAAUGUGUAUGCAAUUAUUUUUAGCUUAGCAGUGUAACUGUCAAAAUUCCUUAAUUCCAUUGCUUUGGUACUAAUAAUUUGCUGUUAACCACUAGGGUUAAAUGAGACUACCUUUGUAUCUAAGCUUGUCUAUGUAUAAUAUAUUUUUAACCUUGUUCUUUUUAUGACUUAAGAUUUAAUUGAAUAUCUGAAAUAUGCUGUGGGUUUUGGAGUAAAAGUGUGCAAGUGCCUCCUAACUCUCACAGUUGUCCUGGGAAACCCACCUGGCACUUGGCUCAGUGCUGUGCUCCCCAUCUAAACUUACGAUGGUUGAAUGCCAGUGUGACUAAAGUUGACCAAGAUAGAUGGUAAUGGUUGUCUUAAGCUUCAUUGAAAGGAGAUCGGAAGUUUCAUUUUCACCAAAAAUAUUUCUUUUGACAUAGAAGUCUAAAACAUUUCUUUAAGGAACAUCUGCUUUUAUUAGGAUGUACAUUUAAGAAAUCCUUCUCAGUAUAGAGAUAAAAAGAUGAAUAAGACGUACCUGCCCUCAGAUGGCUCAUAGUCCAAGAACACUGUUCAAUUGUGAAGUUUGUGCACAAGGUGGGCACAGGACAAGUAGCAAAUGAGGGUUAACAUCCAGCCCACAUGCUGCCCACCAAGGAGUCCACCCUGGUUUGAGACUGAAUCUGCCCUGAGUAAGGUUACCAGAUUUAGCAGAUAGGAAUAUAGGAUACUUAGUUAAAUUUAGAUUUCAGAAAAACAUCACAUAAUUUUUUAGCAUCAGCGUAUCCCAUAUUUUGGUCAGACUUACACUCAGGUCUUUCUGUAGCAACCCUAGCCCUGAACAAGAGGAAGGGGAUGGCUUUUGGCUCAUACGAGGUGCUGGGUCUUGGGGAAGGAAGCAAGGGUGGCCGCACUCACCCAGAUGAUUGCUUUUUUCUAAUUUGUUCACCUAGGGUGUGUCUGUGUGUGUGUGUGUGUGUGUGUGUGUGUGUGUUUUCUGAUCCAUGCAGAAGCUAACUGGUGUCCCUGUCACAAUCCAGUGUGGGAGAAAGAUGUGAAAACAUGAUGCAUAUAGUUAGGUUUUAUAUGUUACAUGGUUCCAGUGGAACAUAAAGGAAAGUGUGGUCCAUUUGACCUGAGAAGAUGUGCAAGUCAUUCACAAAUGGUAGUUCUUGAUCCCGGUCUUGAAAGAUGAGUAAAAGGGAGAUUUAGUCAGGGCCAUUGUGCCAUGCUAAGGAAUUCAAGCACUGCAGCAAUGGAGAGAGAAGGUGAAGGAUUUACCUAUGCCAAAAUUAGCAUAUUAUUAUUAUUAUUUUUUUUUUUUUGAGACAGAGUCUCGCUCUGUCGUCCAGGCUGGAGUGCAGUGGCGCAAUCUCGGCUCACUGCAAGCUCCGCCUCCCGGGUUCACGCCAUUCUCCUGCCUCAGCCUCUCCGAGUAGCUGGGACUACAGGCGCCUGCCACCACGCCCGGCUAAUUUUUUUGUAUUUUUAGUAGAGACGGGGUUUCACCGUGGUCUCGAUCUCCUGACCUCGUGAUCCGCCUGCCUCGGCCUCCCAAAGUGCUGGGAUUACAAGCGUGAGCCACCGCGCCCGGCCAUAUUAUUAUUAUUAUUAAGAUAGGGUCUUGCUCUGUUGCCCAGGGUGGAGUGCAGUGACGCAGUCUCAAUCACUGCAGCCUUUACCUCCUGGGCUCAAUUGAUCCUCCCGCCUCAGCCCCUGGAGUAGCUGGGACAACAGGUGCACACCACCACACCUGACUAAUCUUUAUAUUUUUUGUAUAGACAGGGUUUUGCCAUGUUACCCAGGCUGGUCUCAAACUCCUCGGCUCAGGCAGUCCACCCACCUCAGCUUCCCAGAGUGCUGGGAUUACAGGUGUGAGCCACUACACCCAGCCUAAAUUUUUUUAAUUAACAUACAAAAUGAUACUUGAGAAUUUGAGGAUAUGUUCUGUGUACUUAUCUUAGGCUUCAUAUGGCAUAGUUUCACUGGAGGGAAGAAUAGGAAUUCAUAAGAAAUUAUAGGCUUCAUUUUUUCUAAAUGACUGAAGCUUAACCUCUUUAAAUAUCAAUUAUUAUACUUUAGCCAUUUUUAAGAGGAAAAAAAUUGCUACAUACAUUCUUAGUGUCUGAAGCAAAGUAUAAUAAACUCUGUUAAUGAAUAAGGACCAUCAUAACAAACCAUAAUUGAUGGGUCAGUAUUUUCAUGAGUGGGACUCAGCAGGAACUGCUGGAAUAUACAGGAUUCUGUCCUGGUGCCUGUUAGGUAGAUACAGUGUGCCCUGUUUGUUGAGUUUUUUGUACCUUUUCUUUUUUUAGUGGUUUUGCUAUCAGCUGUUACUUGCAGAAUCCAAGUGAGUUGUGUCAGCUGGCCUGCCUCUGAUGACUCCUUUUUCCAGUGUGCUGCUUUCAUCUGCUAUAAAUUAAGGCAGGCAACCACCAGGAUUCAUGAGCUGUUCAUACAGUAAGAGAACUAAGCUGUGGUCGGGCGCAGUGGCUCACGCCUAUAAUCCCAGCACUUUGGGAGGCCAAGGCAGGAGGAUCGCUUGAGUCCAGGACUUCUAGACCAGCCUGGGCAAUAUGGCGAAACCCCGUCUCUACUAAAAAUACAAAAAAGACCAGGCACGGUGGCUCACGCCUGUAAUCCCAGCACUUUGGGAGGUCAAGGUGGGUGGAUCAUUCAAGGUCAGGAGUUCGAGACCAGCCUGGCCAACAUGGUGAAAGCCUGUCUCUACUAAAAAUACAAAAAUUAGCCAGGCGUGGUGACAGGCGUCUGUAGUCCCAGCUACUCAGGAGGCUGAGGCAGGAGAAUUGCUUGAACCUGGGAGAGAGGUGGAGGUUGCAGCAAGCCGAGAUUGCGCCACUGCACUCCAGCCUGGGCAACAGAGCGAGACUCUGUCUCAAAAAAAAAAAAAAAAAAAAAAAAGCCAGGCAUGGUGGUGCACACCUGUAAUCAGCUACUCGGGAGGCUGACGUGGGAGAAUCACCUGAGCCCAGGAGUUCGAGGCUGCAGUGAGUGGAGAUCAUGCCACUGCACUCCAGCCUGGGCAACCAGAGUGAGACCUUGUCUCGAAAAAAAACACAAAAACAUAAAACUGGGCUGCAGUGAGAGCCGGAGAGGCCUUCCAGAGAGCAAGGUCCCAUUUUGACUCCUGUGGGCCCUUCCUCUACUAAAAAAAAAAAAUUACAUUUUCUACCUGUUGGUACAAAACUGACUAUAUUACUAUAUUAAUAUUUUCUUCCACCAAAAAGUUUUUUUUCUGAUUUUUUUUUCCUGGAGUGCAGUGGCGUGAUCUCAGCUCACUGCAACCUCUGCCUUCUGGGUUCAAGCAAUUCUCAUGCCUCAGCCUCCCAAGUAGCUGGGACUACAGGUGCACACCACCACACCCAGAUAAUUUUUUGUAUUUUUAGCAGAGAUGAGGUUUCACCAUAUUGGCCAGACUGGUCUCAAACUCCUGGCCUCGAGUGAUCCGCCCUCCUCAGCCUCCCAAAGUGCUGGGAUUACAGGCCUGGCCUGAUUUUAAAAGAAAUUAGAAUAAUACUUUCAUGGGUUCCUCAAAGUUUCAUAGGCCAUGGGCACUGUGUCUAGUGGGUAAGUUGUCCUUGCCUGUGAGUUUUAAAGUUACUUGAACCUCACAUUGUUUUUUUAGUACUAAGAGUGAGAGGAUUUUUGCUUAUUUAUGGUUCUUGGCUGUGCUCUGGAUAGUUGAAAUUGUUUAGCAGAUUGGCCUCCAGAUAAGUAAGGCAUUAUUAUUGGACAUAGUGAAUUCAUGUUCUGGAAGGUUGGGGCCUAAAGGAGCAAAGUGGGCUCUGUAGGGUUAAAUGAGGGCAGGGUAUGGUGAGAAGGCAAAUUUGGAAACAUUGUGAACAUAAGAGACAAUUGCAAAUUGGCAGAAAACCGGAGAAAGCAUUUUAAUAAACAGAAAUGCUAUGGAUAAAAAUCACAGAGGUAAAAAUUAAAUUAGAAAGGAGAAUAUUGACCUGAUUAGAACACAGGGGUCAAUUUAGGGUAUAUCAAGCUAAAAGCUGAGAUAGGUAGGGAAAAUCUACUGUGGAUAUACGAAUGGGGACUUUGAAUUUGCUGAUUAAUGUGUGGUCAUCUUAGUUAAGUUUCUAAUGAGCGAGCAUGCACAGAACCCUUCCUUUGAGGUAUUAAGAAUACUAUGGCAUGGUCGGUGCAACUUUAUCUUCUUUUUUUUUUUUUGACACCAAAUUUUGCUCUUGUUGCCUGGGCUGGGGUGCAAUGGCGUGAUUUUGGCUCGCUGCAACAUCCGCCUCCUGGGUUCAAGUGAUUCUCCUACCUCAGCCCCACAAGUAGCUGGGAUUACAGGCAUGCACCACCACGCCCAGCUAAUUUUUGUAUUUUUAAUAGAGAUGGGGUUUACCAUGUUGGCCAGGCUGGUCUUGAAAUCCUGACCAUAGGUGAUCUGCCCGCCUCAGUAUCUUCUUAAUUUAUUUAACCUUUUCUCCUAAGAGCACAGAGGUCAUUAUUUCUAGGUAAUAAAUCUCCCUGACUCAAAUUAAGAGAUCAGCCAGUGCUGAUAUGGGGCUUGCGGGGGCAGGGGCAAGAGUGGACCCCAAAUCUAGUUUAAAAUUACACAAAUAAAAACAGUGGACAGCAAAGCAUAGUGAAAAUAGCAAUGAGGCCUGAACUGUAGUUUCAGCUCCCUCACUGGACAUGAGAGCCUCAGACAGAUCACUUUACCUCUCACCCCAGGUUUCUCAUCUGCAAAAUGAGACAGAGAAUGAGGGGGUUUGGGGGGAUGAGGAAAUCUUUAAGAGCUGCUCCCAAUGUAAAAUCUGAUGAUUCAGUGUCUUUUUCACAAAUUGGAAUUAAAUAUCCUUUAAUAUCA